GUUUAAUCCCUUUGUAUAACUCAAUACAGAUUCAAAAUUAAUAAUGAAGUCUGAAGAACUAGAAAAGAUUUUUAAUAAAAGAAUAAAAGAUAAGGGCUGGUCAAAACUAUUUAAGGACAUUCAGCAUGAAGAUUCUGAAGAAAUAAAGGGCACUUCCUUAUCAAGCUCCAGAAAAUCGGAAGAGUUUGCUAUAUAUGGCCGAGAAAAAGAUAGUCAGAAAAUAGAAAUUUCAGGCUCAGAGAUGUUGACAGAAAAAUUGGAUUCAUUGAUUCAGAUUUAUUGUGAGGUUUCAGGCAUAAGCCAAGAAGAGAUAAUUCUAGAAAUAGCUGAAAGUCUCAGUAAUAAGCAGAAACUAAAACAAAAGCUGAUGGAAGCUUUUAAGGAUAGCUUUAAGAACCUCAAACUCAAUUGGAAUGACAAAAAUGCAAUCCAAAAGUCAGUGGGAUCUUGCAUUAAGAAUAUUCCGAUGUUGCUGAUUAACAUGAAAGGAUUCUAUCCAUCCAGAAACAAAGGAUCUAGGAAUUGAGACUAUCAUUUAGCUGCUUACUUGAGAACUUUUAUGAUUGGCUUUGUCCCAAUAUUUUACUCAGAAACUUGGUCUUAUAAACAAGAUCAAUAUGAGGAAAUUUUCUGAGAGAACAACGACACAAUGAUGGACUUGUUCCUUGACUUUAUUCUGAUAAAAUAUCCCUCAAAGAGGGUAAAGUAUGCAUAUUCUAAAAUACUGUUAAGAUCUCAAAAGUUGGAUGGCAUGCUAUUAAAAUUAAAGGGUAGAAAAGCCACUCAGAAUCGUAUAGAGUUUCAAGCUUUCUGUGCUCAGAAUGCUUCUCUAAAUUUGAUAGCUCAUAAAACUCAGCUUGUCUUGAAAACUCUGAAGCUAAAAGAAAGCCAGCUCGAAAUUAUCGAGGAGCUAUUUUCAAAUAGUAAAACUAUGUGAGCUGAUUUCAAGGACUCCCUUUGUUUUGAGUUGGCUAAGAAUUAAGAGUUGAAGACUCAAUACAAAUGUUCCAAUAUGGCCAUAGCCAAAAAGCACCAAAUUGAUAUGCAGCAAUUAAAAGCUAUCAAAGUUUAUUUUCCAUUCCUAGAAUUCUUUGAACAGACUACUUGCCAGCCAAAAUGUAUAACAUUCAUGGUAAAGUUAG